CAUUCCUGUCAUUCCGAAUUAGUCCUUCUCGAGUUCACUCUAGUGUUGGAGAGUGGUGGGUGUAAAUGAAAAUGGAGGUUUUGAUGUUGAUUAAUGAUUUAGCUUGCUAGUGUCUUUAUGGAGUAAUUGAUAUCUACCCAUUUCCUCGGACGGAACAAUAGUGGACUUGGAGACAAAGGAAAUCUCGAGAUAGCAUGAUAGUAGAGGUGUGUCCACAACAGCAGAUGAGGGAAGAUGUUGGCUAUGGACCAAGGAGUGGUGGAGGAGUGGCUGUCAGAGUUUAAGACCCUUCCUGACAGUGCAGUGUCCAGCUACGCAGCGUCUCUGAAGGAGAAAGGCUCCCUGGUCCCAGCGCUCUACAAAGUCAUCAGGGAGAACUACAGUGAUUUGUUGGAGCCAGUGUGUCACCAGUUGUUUGAGUUCUAUCGUAGCGGAGAGCCACGGUUGCAGCGGUUUGUUCUCCAGUUCCUCCCUGAGCUGCUCUGGUCCCUCCUCCUGGCUCCGUCUGCAGCCAGGGACCCACAUACCUCCGGCUGUAUAGAGGCCCUGCUACUGGGGAUAUAUAAUCUGGAGAUUGUAGAUAAGGAUGGACAGAGUAAAGUCCUUUCUUUCACUGUCCCCUCCCUCUCCAAACCCUCAGUCUACCAUGAGCCCUCCACCAUUGGCUCCCUGGCGUUGACGGAAGGGGCUCUAGCUAAUCAUGGGCUGCGUAGAGUGGUGUACAGCGGGCCUCACCUACAGAGAGAAACCUUCACGGCUCAGAACAGGUUCGAGGUGCUGACCUUCCUGCUGCUGUGUUACAAUGCAGCUCUCAGCUACAUGACCUCCUCAUCUCUGCAGUCCCUCUGCCAGCUCAGCUCCAGGGUGUGUAUCUGUGGUUACCCGCGGCAACAGCUAAGGAGGUAUAAAGGCAUCAGCUCUCGUCUGACCGUCACCUCGGAGUUCCUGGUCCAACUCAUCACUGGGAUACAUUACGCACUGUGUAAUGGGGAGAUGGACCUGGGUUCCAAGGCGCUGGAUGAUGUUCUGUAUCGAGCUCAGCUAGAACUGUACCCUGAAGCUCUACUGGUGGGUGACAUCACACACAAACACACACAGGUGGGUAAUGCCAUCAAGUCGUCCCAACAGUGUGCUGCGCUGAAGUCUGGCGCUAGUAAAGAAGGAGCUCGCAGCAUUCAGGUGGAGAUCACUCCUACUUCUUCUAGGAUUUCACGGAAUGCGGUCACGUCACUCUCUAUCAGAGGACACCGCUGGAAACGCCAUGAGUCCCAGGAGGUCAGUGUAGAUGGUGACCCGGUGACCCCUGGAGGUCAAGGGUCAUCCAUCCCAGAGAUAAGUGUGACGAUGCCCAACGGAGACUCUCUACGACCCCGCGACCCCCGACCUUUAACCCAGUCCGAGCCUGAGCCGCUGGGGUCAGCCUCAGAGACGCAGUGGAUUUGGGUUCCCCGGAUGAGUUGAUGGAUAUCUCUGAAGUGGACGAAGGGGUGUGGCCUACAGGAGGGGCUGGCCCGGACUCACUGACUCCACCUACCAUCACUAUCAGCAACAGCGUUACCCCUGUGGUGGGAGGGGCCAAGACAGGAAGCAGGAAGUGGCAUCUAGGCGGACGGUCGCAUAAGGAGAAGGAGGCUUGUCCUCCAGGGGGGCAGACCCUGGGCGAGAACCUGGAUCUGUCAAUCAAACGUCUGACGCUGACGUCCAGCCAAUCGGUGCCCAAGGGGCCGAGCCAUAGCGCACUGAGCAGCCUAUCGCGUACAGCCAGCGCUGUGUUCUCACGCUCCUUUGAGGGAAACAACACCGGAGGAAACCGUGGCAACCCCGAGGCUGGCCGCUAUUCAUGCAGUGGCAGCCUACAGGAGGAGGAGUUAGGCUAUCUAAGCCCCACCCCCAACCACAACCAGCGCUCGCCCAGCAUCAGCGUGCACUUUAGGAGCGACCUGUGAACCCUGACCUUUAACUCUUGAGCUCUCACCCCCAUCUCAAUCCUCUAACCCCAUGCCCCUGUACCUGUGACCUGUAUUCCCAGCCUGCCAGAAGGACUGGAACACAUUCCCUCUUAUCCCCCUCCUUUCCUCACCAUCCCCCUUUCUUUCCUAUACAUACCAUUCUUCAUUUCCUUCUCUUCUUCAGUAGGACAGCUGCCCCCUCUAGAAACUGGCUUCUCUCCUACCCUUCCUCUCUCUCCAAAGCGAGAGCCUUGUGUGAGAGCAGGGAGCCUGUGUCCAUCCCUCCGCCCUGGAACUACAGAACCACCAGACAGAUCUGCAGACUGUUUUCUGAGAGUGUUUGGAAAUGGAGUAUUUAAGACUCUUGUUUGUCCUGUUUGGCUUUCUGUACAUCCCUCCUGACCACGCCCCCAUCACCGGGCAAGUACGGUGUUUGUGAGCUUGUGUGUGUGGGAGCUUGCAUGUGAGUGUGAAUGCAAUAAAGUGUUGCCGACUGUUUUUAGAAUAAAGGUUGCUGAUUGCUGCAAUGAACAAGGUGUGAUACUCCCAAAAAUAAAAUGAAAAUAAAUAUAGUCUCUAGUGAAACUCUUUUUCCAUUUUCAGAUGCCCUCUCUUUCCCCUCUCCUUACUCAUCAUGCACUAAGCCCUAGUGACUAGGGUUGUGACCUCCACACUCCCAUUGCCAUAGCAAAUAUUUAUUCAUCCAGUCUGAAUAAUUCUGCAUUCCACAAAAAUUAUUAAAUGACAGACCACAAAAAUUAUAGAAACCAAAAAUAAUCGGUAGUCUUUCAUGUUCACAUGUGAAGAGUAUUGAUUGAUGUCAUCCUACUAGAAGCAAUAUUUAUCUCUCUGUGGUUAUUUUCUCCCAGGUCUGAUAAACAAACUGAUUGGGUUCAUUUAUGUUUCUGAUCAAUAAAUUGAUUGGGGGGAUGGGUUUAAGUUUGUAUGAUAAUGUAUAAACGGUUUGUAUGAUGUAAACUGUGGAAUUUUCCUAUGACUGAGAGACUUGGGUUUUUAAAUAUAGAUGCAACAAUAUAUCAAAAGCAGUGGGGCGCCUACCUGCUUAUGGUAUUGAUAUGCAUAAGCAGGAAGUCACCCUGUUGUCAAUGCUGAUGUCAUAUUGCUGCGUCUACCUUUAACUGUGGUGUUCUAUGUACGGCAGACAGUGGUUAUAAAUGUGGUAUUUUCCUAUGAGAGGGAGGGAGGGAGAGCCAGUUGUUGUUCGAGCCGUAUUGAAUCUCCUCAGUGUUAAAGAACAAGAAGAAUCCAACCCAAACCUGCAUGAUACGUGCUUGACUCCCAAACCACACCACCACCAAACCGAACACACCCCUAGGCCUAGGAGUAGUGGUUAUAGGGGCUAGGGAGCAUUGGUAUGCUUAUACAAGCUAGGGAAUAGGUUUAUUUGAGUUGGUUUGGGAUUAGGCCUGUAAACUGUCCUCUCCUCCAAUCCCUUUCUACUCUGAAGUGUCAGUACAGUAAUGUUGUUUGUUUGAUCUUUAUUGAGUGAUUGGUUGAUUUAACUUAUUAUAUAUAUUUUUUUUAUGAACAUGAACUUGACUGUGUUUGUCUGUUCUCUGGUUCAUCAUCACCUGCUUUAUAACAUAAUGGAAAUUGAGGAUACAGACAAAGAACACGCUCCCUUUCAGGAGAGGCGCACUGGCUGAACAUUUGAAGUCAACGAUUGCACGACAGUCACACUCCAUUUGGUGGCAAUGAAGUUCACUGUGGUGCAGACUGAAAGAAGAGUGUCGGGUGUAGGUCAUGUGCUACUGGACAUCUGAAUGGAGAAUAACGUAUGCCCUACUGGAACCUUUGUUCUAGAACCAGUGUUCUGUCAGUGUUCUAGAUCUGUUUUUAUAUUCAUACGGUGGAACAAUAAUCAUGUUUCUGUAUUCGGUUGCUUUAUGGAAUGUCAUGAAUCUGUACAUAUUGUUGUUUGACUUCAGUUGUUGGUUUGGCCUUUCUGUCUGAAGAUAACGCUCUGCUAGAGCUACUCUCUGAGAAUAAAAUCGUUCUAUAUUUCA